AACGUUUUCGCUCAUUCAUUCGAUUUGUAACGUUCGGUGUCGAAGAAUCGCGCAUCACAAAAAUGUUUAAUCCAAACGACUUACGGGAAAAAAUCUAUGCUUAGCGGCUUUCGGCGGUUAGAAUUACUAGUUUCGCGUGUGUUGAUAAUUAGCGUGAGUGUUAUCAGAUGAGAAAAGCAUGAAAUCUACCUGGGAAAAUGAUUUCAUCGUGAACAGUCAGACGCAGCGCAGAUUGAAAAGUUCGUUACCUGCUGUUGCCUGUUUUAUGGAUAAUCGCUCGGAAGGUUCGCUGCCUGCCUGGGAUUGUGUGUGCGCGUCGAAUACAUCGGGAAAAGGGCAGAACAUGAAGAAGCCGGUGAAGAAGAGUGCUUCCCUAACCUUGUUUUCAUGUGCAGGAUCUUCUUUUUAUUGAAAAUGUUGUAAUUAACUGGGUUUUAUGCUUGUGUUGGUAUUACACUGGUAGAAUUUUAUGUAUCUUUAUUUUUAAAUCGAGUGCAUGGUAUGCAGCGACAUAUUUUUGCCUAAUAGUUUAAUAAUUACGUUAAGUGUUCUGUGAAAGUGGGUUACUAUGAAAGAAUUAGUACGUUUCGACGGGGCACCCGAUAGCGAGUAUAGCAGUACGCAUGAUAAGCUGAAGGAACGUGAUUGCAAUAAAGGAUUGGCAGGAAGUGGUUCCAUUCAUCUACCGACAAAAACAAUAACAUUUGUUGACCACGUACCAAUGAGUCUGACUGAGAACAAACAGUGCAUUGGGAAAAUGGACCCUUCUGUAAACGAUAAAAGCAAAUGUGAAGUCAAGUCGAUGUCACCACCACCAGCGCCGGAAAAUUCCCGCAUCUGCUUGGUGGGCUCAGUUGCACACGACGAGGACACAUUGGCCGCAGCACAAUCCUUCAAGGUACCGAUUGUCGUGUCGGAAACAGGAGCCGAAUACGUACAAGAUACCAGCUAUGUCACCUACUUCAUCCUGAACCAGUUUGAAGGUCCAGUGUACGAUACGAUCUACCGUUCCAAACAUAGAAUUCUUGGACCGCCGGCCUUGCAGCAGGCUGUACGAGCCGGCGAAGGAUUACUACGAAACAACCGCCCCAUCUACAAUUAUUGCAUGCGAGGCGUCAUUACGUGUUUCACUGGAAUCAGAAAAAAAGAUGAACUGACACGCCUUGUCGAUCUGAUCCACUCGAUGGGAGGAUCAAUCCGAAAGGAUAUGAACACCAAGGUCACACACUUGAUUUGUAACGUAAGCGGUGGUGAAAAGUACCAGUACGCAAUGGCUUUCCGCCUGGCAGUCGUCCGUCCCAGUUGGGUUCUGCAUGCAUGGCGGAAUCGUGAUGAUCCGAACCUUGUGGCAAAUGUCGAAGAGUUCACCAAAAAUCAUCGAUUGAGGGCCUUCGAGGGUCAGAAAAUCUGUUUCUUCGGGUUUCCUCCGGAAGAACAUCAGCACAUGGUCGACGUGCUGACGAUGAACGGAGGCAUUCCAACCAAUCUGGAAGAUCCGGAGUGUUCCCACGUGGUCAUGUCCAACACCGGUGAACAUUUCAGCGACGCCCUGCUACCGCACGCAGCCUCCCCGAAAGAUAAGAACAUAUCUUCCAGCUCAUCUUCAUCGUCAUCACCAUCCGGUGGAGAAGAUAACAACGAGAAUGAUCCUAAUAAUUGUCACACAGACGGCGGUAUGUCGGUGGAUCUGGCCAAAUCCGAGAAACAGGAAUCUUUUAUAAAGCGUCUGAACGAGUGUCAGGCUGAUAGCGAUGAAGUAGAAGGUGAAAUGGUGAAUGCACUACCUGCUCUACCGGAGGAAAGCGAGACAGGCGAGAAUAGUAUACAAGUGGAUCAUAUCAGUAUUGCUGAAAACGAGAACAAUUUAAAUAUUGAUUCGGAACAACAGCAUCAAUUAGAUGUUUCUCCUAUUAGAUACAUUGAUGAACAUUUGGAGAAUUCUACUCCGAAGCAGACGAGUUCAACCCCGGAGGGCAAUUCUGAGAAAAAGGAUGGAGUGGUUUUAUCUUCUGGCGAAGAAAUUGAAUUUCUUAACCCCAAUAAUAUUUCUCCUAUUCUCAAGAUCAAUAGACUAACUGACGCGUCGCUAAAAAAAAUAUCCGAGGAAGAUGACGAUGAUGAAGACGACAUGGAUGACUACAUCAUAGCUAAUAAGGACGCUUUGAAGCGAAAGCGCCAAGAAGAUAGCUUUGACGAUAUUUCAAUCAUUUCCACAGAUUCGAUGGCCAGCAGUGUACUAUAUGGUUCGGCCAAAAAGCCUAAAUUGAUCCGUACUGGGUCCAUCACGAGAGGUCUUCGUAGAAGUAUGAGUUUUGCAGCAAUCAAAACUCCAAUUACGAGUAUGUUCCGAUCUCGUAGAAAUUCCGUCGACCCAAAUUCAUCCAUUAGUUCCAUCGCAUCGAUCGAGUCAACCUUUAACGAAUCGAUUAAAAAACCCGUUAAAGAAAAACUGCGAAGCAUUCGUGACAAAAUAACAAAAAGCAACAAGAAGGAAACGCCCAAAUCGAUUAAAAACAAAGGUUUAAUCACGCCUGCAAAUUUAGACAACCUAAAAAAGGUUUGCAAUUUCAAAACCGACAAAAAUGUAUGCACACCGGAACAAACGAAACCUGUCGAUAAAAGCGAGGUUGAUUUCAAAACUCCAAUCGCACCGGGCCCGUAUCCCAGCUGUUCGUCUUCUUCGAAAGCCAAAAAGAAAACUCACUUCUUCCGCCACUCGAUGAUAGCCACGGCCACGAGUACUGUCUCCUCAUUGGACUACAUUCCACCAGCAUUUUCCGGUGGCCUUGCUGCUAAUAUUGUGGUAGCGGAAAAUGAGUCUACAACAACGAUGACGAAUCCCAUCAUAACCGAACUAAACACACUAUCGGUAGGCGAUUACACGUGCUCUGCUGCGGUGACCGGAUUCGAUGGAGAUGAGCCCGCAUCGACUGCAGAGAUAGCAGGAGCAGUAACAACAACAACAACAACAGCAACGAUGGUUGUUGAUCAGCACGUGAUAACUUCGAAACCUGAAGUGAAAAAUAACAAAACCCACAUUGUAAAAGCGGAUUGGUUCUGGUUUACCAUCCAGAACGGUUACGCCGAUGAAGGCAGCUACCUAUUUGGGGAUUACUUGAAUAGUAUAGUCAACACCCCGGGGGGUGACCGGAGAGAUUCGCUUCCGAUCAGCUUUAAUAAACAACGUAAACGGAAACGUUUGUCCCAGCGAACCCCGGCAGGGGGAGAUGGCACUCCACUGGGUGCCGGCAAGCGGAGAUCUUCUGUUUCCGAUGCCGGUCUGCUGUCGGUGUCGGGCAGCUUUCUCGAUUGCACUACCAGCCCGGAUAAGCAUGAGGGAAGCAAAAAGAACAUCAUUAGCGAAACGGUAGACGUUUCGAUUGAGCAGCCGGUUAAGGGCCAAUCGAUGCGGUAUAAUCAUUUCACUGAUUUUUAUCGAACCGAGUCAAAUUAUGUGGGAAUCUUGGAUACUAUUGUGAAUCUCUUCAAAGAACCUCUGGAAGAUAUGAUUGAGAAAGAUCCGGAAAAUGCCCUCCUCAACAAGUCAGAAUUGAAGUCGAUUUUCAGUAAUUUUCUGCCUAUACACGACGUACACAAGCGGAUGCUAAACCGGUUGAAGGAAAUCCACGGCACCUGGGCCGAGGAUCAAUUGAUUGGUCAAAUAAUUUUGGACUUUAAGGAUGACCUUUAUGUGGCGUAUCCGCCUUACGUAAACUUUUUCGAGCAGACGAAAGAAACGCUGUUACAAUGCGAUCAGGGAAAUCCUCGAUUUCAUGCAUUUUUGAAGAUCAAUCAAGCUAAGCCCGAGUGUGGUCGGCAGACACUGCAAGACCUAAUGAUCAGGCCUGUGCAACGGUUACCCAGUAUCAGUCUUUUGCUGAAUGAAAUAUUGAAACACACCGCUAAGAGUAAUCCUGAUCACAAGAAGUUGGUCGAAUCGUUAGAGGCAAUCAAGGAAGUUAUUAAAAAUAUGAACGAAGACAAGCGUAAGACAGAGAGCAAGCUUGCAAUGUUCGAUAUUUUUAAUGACAUCGACAAGUGCCCGCCCCACUUGGUAUCCUUCCAUCGUCAGUACGUUUCGCGGUGUGAAGUGACGGAAUUGUCGGACAGCCUCAGCGGUCGGGGAGAUUCUUUGGUACUGUUUCUUCUAAGCGACACGCUGGAAGUGUGCAAAAAACGAUCGCGGGCACCGAACAAUGCCAAGUCCCCCAGUACAAAUGGUCUGAACUCCACUCGCUGCCAGACAAGCAAACCGUACAAACACGUCAAACUGAUGCCACUGAGCUCGAUACGGCUGGUGGUUAACAUUCAGGACAGUCCGAGGGCAUUUGCGCUCAACUGCAGGUCUUCCACGGAAAACAAGGAUCAGCUUCAUUCGUUCAGCAUCUGCGACGAGGAGAAGGACAAGAUCAUCUAUCUGAAGAGUCUGUGUCAACAGUUGGCGGAAAAUGCGUGCAAAACGGACGCGAAAACGUUCAUGGUGAGCUGUGAUUCCGAGGAGCUUGGAAUCGACGUGAGCGACACCAACGUGGGAACGCUUUCGAAAGCGUUCAAGUUUGCUACCAGAACCAGGUUGAGGGUGGGCCGAGCACUCUCGUUCAACAAAACGCCGUCGAAGCUGAAACGUGCCGUUUCCUCGAUGAUGACGUCCUCCUUCGGCAGCACCCAGUCGCUAACGCCGGCCUCCCAGUUGGCCCAGAUGAAACUGGCAAGCUGUACGAACAUAAACGAAGUCGGCGAAGAGUCGUCGGAGACCGACUCAAAAGCAUCCUCGUCACCAUCGUCGGCGUCGGAAAUCCUGGUAGCCUCGAUGUCCGUCCAACCGACCCGCAAGAACAAGAACCCGCCGAUGUCGAUGGCAGCAUUGCGGCGAUUGUAGUUUGAGAAGCAGAAAGCGAGAGAUUUUCCUUUCGUUUCAGUAUGGUGUAUGCCUUCCGUUUCGUUUAACUUUUCUGGUGGGCUUUUUUUACGUGCUUGCUUAUCCGUAGAUUUCGGCACAGGGGAUCUGUUUGGAGGGGUAAAUUAUUGUACCAACAUCACACAAUCACGGAAGCGUCCUCGAUUUUCUGUGGCAUUUGGAAAAGCGGGUGCUUUUGUUUCACCUUAAUAUUUGAAGGUUUUGUUUUUGGGAUGCCAAAAAAAGAAAGGUUUUUCUCCUGCUGGCGACGAGAAUAAUCGUUUCAAUGCUAUAAGAAAUGGUGUAUAAAAAAGAUAACAGUGCAGCCCACAGUUCGAGGAUUCGAAAUAUUGAGCAAGGAAAGACAGACCAGAAAUGUGCUGCAUAUUUUUUAUCUUUUUGUGACGAUUGGCCGAAGAUUGAAAACAUCGUAGGUAGUGGAGGGAAACAGAUUUUCCUCGUUUCUAUUUUUAAGGAUUCAUUUAUCUUUAUUAUGUGUAUGUGUAUGUCUUCGUAUCUGCUGAAAAGAAGUAGAAACAAUUAGGAUUCAUAUCGAAAUAAAAAAACAAAAAAGACAACAGGAACUGUGGAAUAAGGAGUUGAAAAAUAUUCUGGUUCUAAAACGAAAUUUAGCGAGCAAAAGAAUUGUUCGCGUUCUGAAGUAUGAGCGUGUCUGGUCACGCGGUGAUAGAUUUUUCUAUCUUUUGAACUUUUGUAAAUGUACGUGGUGUAUAAAACAGAAGCAAAUAAAUUGAAAAAGAUA